CGCGCACGCGCGGUGACGGUAGGAUGGUGGAGUUGGUACCUUUUGCGGUUCCCAUCGGGGGUGACAAAACCUUGCUGGUGUGGGAGCUGAGCUCUGGACCCACGGCCGAGGCCUUGCAACAUUCCCUGUUCACAGUCUUCUCCCAGUUUGGCCUUCUGUAUUCGGUCCGAGUCUUCCCAAACGCAGCAGUGGCCGGUCCUGGGUUCUAUGCCAUCAUCAAGUUUUAUUCAGCAAGGGAUGCCCACAGACCCCAAAAGGCAUGCGACGAGAAGCAACUUUUUCAGACAUCUCCAGUGAAGGUUCGUCUCGGCACCAGACAUAAGGCGGUUCAACAUAAUACGCUUGCCCUAAACAGCUCCAGAUGCCAAGAAUUGGCAAAUUACUACUUUGGUUUCCAUGGGUGGUCAAAAAGGAUCAUCAAGAGGUGGUGUUGCCCUCCCACGAGUGCAGGAGUCCAGGAGUUGGCAUGGCUGAGGAACCUUUGGAUAAGUUGGAGGAAGGCCAAUUUGAAGAACAAACUCAGCAUCUAGAACAACAGUUGCAGAGUGAUUAUUCAGAUCCCAGUAUGGAUGCCUUUUAUCCUGAGGAGAGCCUACCUAGUGAUUUUCUGGGGAGCCCAGAU